CUGGAGGAUUAACGGGUAAAGCUUGGGAUCGAUCUUUCUUUACCUGCAAAAAAAGACCGAUUCAGAGAAAUGUUAAACGAUUUUUCAUUGUAUUCGGUUUCCAGGUGGAUCGACCGGGUUUCCCUUGCGGCUGCACGCGGGACGGUUGCGCGAACAGCACAGGCAGGAUCGAAUUUAACCCUGUGCGGGUGCGAACGCAUUUCAUCCAUACGCUGAUGCGAUUAGAGUUGGAAAAGAAGCAGCGCGAGGAGGAUGUCGGCGGCGAUCACGAUCAUCUAGUGGACAAUCAGGGACAAGGUAGGGGUGCUCGUUCCCUGAGAGACAUCGGUUCCUUGGGAAUGGACGCUACCGUGGGCGGCGACGCGUGCGCGAUCCCGGGUACGGGACCCGGGGGAGGUGGCGGAUUCACGACCUUGCACUACGAGACGGGUCACGAGAGUGUCGGAGCUGGCGUGGCUGGUUGCCAACCGGAAGUGCCCGGCACGCGGGAGGACAGUCUGGACUUGUACGCCAUCAGGGACGACUGUUACGCGAGCGAAGACGCGGUGGAUAGCAGCCAAUCGGUCGUCGUGCAACGGAAACUGCACCCGGAAUUCGGCCAGGCCUUUCAAAGCUUUUCGCCCGGCGUGCAGAGCGGCGGUGCCGUUAACGGUGGCGGUGGUGCUGGCAAUGGCGGUGGCGGCAUGAGCUUCCAGCAAUCCUCGUAUCAGGACUACGGAUACGCGAGUCUACCAUCCUCGUCGCGGUUCCAACCACCGCAGUUCCAGUCACCGCCCAAUCCGGCCGCCUUCGCGCACUACGGGCCCUACGGCGGGCCCCAGGACACCGCGGGCACCGGUCUUCAGGGUGGCUGCGCCGGCCAGGUGCACCAAAUGCAGCCGCAGCCGUCGCAGGGCCAGCAGCAGCAACAGCAGCAGCACUCGUCCUACGACGUGACGGUGUUCGCGCAGGAUGACGCCACGAGUACCGCGCAGUACACGAAUCUCACCAACUCGGUGCAGCCGAUGAAUGCGACGGUGGUGCAGCAGAUGCAGAACAAGCUCGAGCCCUUCUCGGAACUCCUUAGCGGCAGGUAUUCGUAUUACGGCGAGAUGCACGAACCGCAGCAGCACCACGGUACUUACGGUACUCACGGCAAGGUCGCGGAGAUGAUGGAGCCCGGUCAGGUCACCAGCGAGCAACAGCCCGAUGGCGCGUCCGAGGACUGCGACGAGAACUUCGGCGAGAUCAUCAAGAAGUCCAUGGUCGAGACCGUGUCUGCCUAGGAUAAAGAAAGCCUAU